AUGUCUGGACGCGGUAAGCAGGGAGGCAAAACUCGUGCUAAGGCUAAGACUCGCUCUUCGAGGGCAGGCUUGCAGUUUCCUGUAGGUAGAGUGCAUCGCCUACUAAGGAAGGGCAACUACUCCGAGCGCGUCGGCGCCGGCGCCCCGGUGUACCUGGCGGCUGUGCUGGAGUACCUGACAGCCGAGAUCCUGGAGCUGGCGGGAAACGCGGCCCGCGACAACAAGAAGACCCGCAUCAUCCCGCGCCACUUGCAGCUGGCCAUCCGCAACGACGAGGAGCUUAACAAGCUGCUGGGCAAAGUCACCAUCGCCCAGGGUGGCGUGUUGCCCAAUAUUCAGGCCGUGCUCUUGCCAAAGAAAACUGAGAGCCACCACAAGGCCAAAGGAAAGUAG